GGUUUUGUCUGCAAAACAUGCAGAUGGUUUAGCUCGCCUCUGGGAGAACCGUGAAGAAAAUUUUUUAUUUGAACAGACAGGACCUCCAGAUUAUGACGAUCUCACAGAAUUUUGUCUUCAUGAUUAUAAGUUAACUAGGACUAUGCGUGACAUAUUGAAUCAAAGAAUAAUUUUUCACCUUAAUGAUGGAACAUGGGAUAAAAAAGAUCUUGCUAGUUUCGGUGCUUUAGGUUACUGCAAUAAAAUAUCUUUAUAUUGGUGUACAAUACAUCAAAAGACAUAUUGUUUACGUGAAUUUGGAAGCUUCAAGAUUCCGCAUCUUUGGCAAGAUCUUCCUGUGCUAUCUGAAGCAAUUACAAUAUGCUUAAAAUUUUUUUCUUUUAUGAAAGAAAAUACUGAAAAGCGAAAAUUGAUCACAGAUCUUCAGCAAAAAUUGUUUGCUAAGCGAAAGGUUCUUGCAGUAACACCAAAUCCACCAACUCCUGAUAGAUAA